AUGUCGAACCCCCUACCAUCCAUGCCGGCCAUCCGUCCGGUUGCGGUGCCCGUCAGCGCUCCCUCCAGCACAUGGGAUCGCAUCACCUCGUGGGCGUCUGAGAACAAGGCCGUCGUCUAUACGAUUGCCGGUGUCGCCGUCGUCAUCACCGGUGCUGGUGCCGUCUACUAUCUCAACUCGAACCCGAAGAGCGACGGAGCGCCCAAGCUCAGCAAAAAGGAACGUCGCAAGCGCAAGGAAGCCGAGCGCAAAGCCGCCGACACCAAGCCCGCUCCUUCGUCUUCCCAACCCAAGGUCCCCACAGCCCAGGUCGAGGAUGAGCUACCCGAGGUCGACGAAGCUAUUGUCCAGGCCCUCACCCAAGACCAGCGCGAAGAAUAUGCUGCUCAGCUCAAGCAGGCCGGCAACAGGGCCUACGGCGACAAGGCAUACAAUAAGGCCAUCGACCUCUACACAAAGGCCAUCCUCUGCAAGCCCGAUCCCGUCUUCUACUCCAACCGUGCUGCGUGCCACAGCGCCAUGAGCGAGUGGGAUACUGUCAUUGACGACACCACCGCUGCCAUCACCAUGGACCCCGACUACGUCAAGGCCAUUAACCGUCGCGCCACCGCCUACGAGCACAAGAAGAUGUACCCCGAAGCCCUUCUCGACUUUACCGCCUCGUGCAUCAUCGACAACUUCAAGAGCGAUUCUACCGCUCAGGCCGUUGAGCGCCUGCUCAAGACCUUUGCCGAGGUCAAGGCCAAGGAGAUGAUGAGCUCUCGCACCGCCAAGCUGCCCAGCCCUAUCUUUGUUGGCAACUACCUCCAGAGCUUCCGCCCCAAGCCUCGUCCUGCAGGUCUAGAAGACUCUGCUGAGCUGUCCCUGGACACCGGUCUUGGUCAGCUGCAGCACGGUCUCCAGGGUCUCGACAAGCGCACCUCGGCAGGAUACGAGCAGGCUCGCCUGGCUUUCGAAAAGGCCAUUGAGCUUGGUGAGCUCGGCGACAACGAGGCUCUGGCCCACAACUGCCGUGGUACCAUGCGCACCCUGCUUGGCGACCACGCCGCCGCCACCGAAGACUUCAACAAGAGCAUUGAACUCGACCCUACCAUGACUCAGAGCUAUAUCAAGCACGCCAGCAUCAGCCUCGAGCUUGGUGAGACCCUUGAGGCAGAUCGCGAAUUCGACCUGGCCCUUAAGCAGGACCCCAACGAUCCUGAUGUCUACUACCACCGCGCCCAGGCCAAUUUCAUCCGGGGUGAUCUCUCCGAGGCCCAAAAGGACUACCAGAAGUCGAUUGAUCUAGACAAGGACUUCAUCUUCUCCCACAUCCAGCUUGGUGUGACGCAGUACAAGAUGGGCUCCAUUGCCUCUUCCAUGGCCACGUUCCGCCGCUGCAUUAAGAACUUCCCCAAGGUUCCCGAUGUGUACAACUACUACGGCGAGCUGCUGCUCGACCAGGGCAACUAUGCCGAAGCCGUCGAAAAGUUUGACACGGCCGUGGAGAUGGAGAAGCAGACUAAGCCCAUGUCCAUGAACGUGCUGCCCUUGAUCAACAAGGCGCUCGCUCUGUUCCAGUGGAAGCAGGACUUCAAGGAGGCCGAGAACCUGUGCGAAAAGGCGCUCAUUAUCGACCCUGAGUGUGACAUUGCCGUGGCCACCAUGGCCCAGCUCCUUCUGCAGCAGAACCAGGUCGCUAAGGCGCUCAAGUACUUUGAGCGUGCCGCCGAGCUCGCCCGCACCGAAGGCGAGAUUGUCAAUGCCCUAUCCUACGCCGAGGCCACGAGAACACAGGUCAAGGUGACGGAAAAGUACCCCCAGCUGGCAGCAAAGCUUGCCGCCUCGGGAGCUGGUGGCGGUGGCGGCCUCCGCAUGGGGGCGUAA